UGGCAAACGAAACAUGUUCAGUUGGUUGUUAAAGCUUGACCGGGUUGCAUCGCAAAACAACGUUUAAAAUUGUCAAGGGAUCAAAAACGCGGAAAAGACACGUUAAGCUCAAAACAAAAACCGAAGGGAAACGAAAAACUUCUUAACGUGUUACAUAUCUGAUUUUUAUUUUUACGCUUUAUAUCCCUUCAAACGGAAGCCAAACACCAGUAUACGGAAGCAAUCUUUCGUCAAAACCGAACGCGUUUAAUCAAGAACAAGGUCACUUUGUACCUCACAACAUAAACAAAGCACUAACCUAUUCUUGCUGUUUUAACGCUGAAUACGUACGUUUGCUUACUUUUCGAAGACGAAACAAAAGUUUGCUUGAGUUUUGAAAUAAAAAAAAAAAUUCAAAAUUUUAACGACGGUUAUAAGAAAAGCAAAUUUGAAAGAUUUAUUUUUUUGGGCAAAUGCAUAUUAUUGUGAAAUAAAAAUGUGUUGAAAAGAAAUUAUAGGAAGCAGUAAAAAAAAUCAAAAUAGUCCCAUAGUGUAGAGUAAGUGAACAACAGCAAAAACAAAACGAGGAAAAAAAAGUGACAAAUAAAAUGGAAAAUAAUUAUAAAUUAACUAUAAACACUAACUCCGAACAGCAUCGCGGCUCGGUGUCCUCAACAAAUUCUUUGGAAGUGCCAGCAACACCUACGCGUUCACCUAAAAAAGUCUCGUUUUCAGAUGAUUUGCCUAUUGCAACAGCAAACAAUGAGGAAAAUGGGCCGCACCACAGCGCCAACUUAGCCAACACCACUGCCGCCCAUAGCAGUUUGAAUUUUGCCUCCAAAACUCAAAGUGAUAAAAUAAUGAUUAAUAACGUUUACAACAAUAACAACAUUAAAACUACCUCGGACUUUGUUCGACAUCUAAGUACCUCACCAGAGGUGAAUGUGGAGGAGGUCAGCGCAGCUGAAAUGCAGCAAUCACAGGAAUUACAAAAUCCUGUGGAUUUUAUGCUAAGCCAGGCAGCCCAAUAUUUGGAAAAGUUGCAUGGUCCAGCUACAGCUACAGCUACAACAGCAGUACCGCCUUCUCAACAGAAUUCACCAACACAGGAAUCUCAGCAUCAUAAAUUUAAAAGUAGUUUAAAUAUAGAUUUAAACCCCUCAGGAUUGGAUCCCUUAAGUGUAAUUAAAAUACCCACACCACCUCCCUCAAAGUCACCCUCGCCUCCACCAGCACCUGCUGUGCUUGAGCUGAAUAGAGUAAACUCUAGAUCAGAUUCAAUCACAGCUUCUGACAUGUCAACACCCUCCACAAUGGCGGCCAGAUCCAUGAAAUCCUCUUCUUCAUCUUCAGAGUCUACUACAUCCAUGGAUCCUCCCUAUAAACCGCCCCGAUCUUCCAUGGUAAAUGGCUCUUCAAAUGGUGGUAGUAUGCCUUACAACAACAACUCCAGCAGACCUACACUCCCCCACCCACCCACUUCGCCCUCUUCGGAUAUGCAAGAAAUCAGCGAAGAACAUGCUGUCAAAUACAUGCAGCCCUACAAUCUCAACGUGGAUAAGAACAACUGCAGUUCCAUGGAGUUGGAAGCGAAACGCGAUAAAAUUCGCUGGCUCUUGAUAUCCGAAUGCAGUGCCCUGCUGGGUGAGGGCAAACACACUCGCGAGGGUUUCCGCAAAUUAUUUCUACAAGAGGAAUUCCAGAAAAAACUCUUUCAUCUCUUUGAUUUGGAUGGCAAUGGUUAUCUGGUGCAGGAUCGUUGGAUAGAACAUUUAAAAGGACGUUUGACUGAUGACAGACAAAUGGACUAUGCCGAACAGUUGGAAUCGGUGGCCUAUGUGAUCUGCGGUGAGAACAGCAAAAUCACAUUUAAAAACUUCAAUGAAAUAUGGCAGGCCCGUGGGAUUUUAGAUAAAUUAUAUCGUCUCAUCGAUAACGAUGGCACCAAUUCCAUAUCCACAAAUCAAAUCAUGGAGUUCAUUUCUCACCUAACAAAUUCCAGACCCCGCACUGGCUUUGAUAAAAGCUCUUUGGCCCGUUUGGAGCAGCUCUUUCGCAAUACUGUGGGAAAUGAACGCGAAAUAAGACGCGAGGAAUUCAAGAAAAUUGUUAUCUCCAAGAAUCCUUUCUUUACGGAACGUGUUUUCCAAAUCUUCGACAAGGAUAACUCCGGUUCCAUAUCAUUGCAGGAAUUCAUUGAUGCCAUUCAACAGUUCUCAGGACAAUCGGCUGAUGAUAAAAUACGCUUUCUAUUUAAGGUCUACGAUAUCGAUGGUGAUGGUCUCAUACAGCACAAGGAGUUGCAUGAUGUCAUACGUGCCUGCAUGGAAGAGAAUGGCAUGGAAUUCUCCGAAGAUCAGAUUGAAGAUCUGACAACGGCCAUGUUUGAAGAUGCCGAUCCAUACAAUCGUGGCGAGAUUACUUAUGAGGCCCUGAAAAAUCAAUUACACAAACAUGGAGGACUCUUGGAGAAUCUAAGCAUAACCAUUGAUCGUUGGUUAGUGCCUUUGGGCCAGGAAGCUCCUGUCAGUAAAUCCAAAUCGAAAUUAUGGAAUUCUAUACCCAUACCGCAUCAGCUGACACCUGCGUAUAUGAGGAAUAAUCAUGUCUUUGUUACCUAUCUCUUUUUAUAUAUUGCCGUAAAUGUGUGCCUAUUUAUAUCAAGGGCUAUACAGUAUAGGGCCAGUAAUGGAUUUGUGAUAGUGGCCAGAGCAUGUGGUCAAUGCUUGAACUUUAAUUGUGCCUGGGUCCUAGUGCUUAUGCUGCGACAUACCUUAACCUAUUUACGAUCUCGUGGCCUCUCUACCUAUUUGCCCGUGGACAAUCACAUCUAUCUGCACAAACUAACGGGCAUUGUGAUAUCCGUCUUCAGUUUGAUACACACCGUCAUGCAUCUCUUUAAUUUCUCCAUUAUAGUGGUAAAUGAUCCAAAAAUCAAUGCCGGUCAUUAUACCAUAGGAGAGUGGUUGCUAACCGAUCGUCCUGGAUUAUUUGGUCUAAUACCAGGUUGCGCCAAUCCCACAGGCAUGGCUCUCUUCAUAAUUUUAUUGAUUAUGUUCAUAUGUUCGCAGCCAUUUGUGAGACGUAAAGGCUCCUUUGAGGUAUUCUAUUGGACUCAUUUAUUGUACAUACCCUUCUGGAUAUUGGUGUUGUUCCAUGGUCCAAACUUUUGGAAAUGGUUUCUUGUGCCGGGCAUUAUCUACAUUGUGGAAAGAGUUUUGCGCUUCGUCUGGAUGCGUGGAGAUCAUGGAAAGACCUAUAUCAGUUCUGGCCUCUUACUGCCCUCGAAGGUCAUACAUUUGGUUAUUAAACGGCCCUAUAACUUUAAUUUCCGCCCUGGUGAUUAUGUGUUUGUGAACAUUCCUGUCAUAGCCAAUUAUGAAUGGCAUCCUUUUACCAUAAGUUCUGCACCUGAGCAGGAGGACUAUAUGUGGCUGCAUAUACGCACUGUGGGCGAAUGGACAAAUCGUUUGUAUCGUUAUUUUGAAAAAGAGCAACAGAGGCUACACAAGGGCGACGUAAUUGCCCACAAACAGGCCAUACCCACCUCAAGUCUUUUGCAAAUUAGUGAAGAGAAUACUCGUAUCGCAUCUUCAACUCCUCAAACCGAUUUCUUGGCCCAGAAUCUUGCCAAGAUGCAGCACAGUUCCAGCUAUGAUUCCGGCAUGGUGACUAAGGCCAUGCAGGAAAUGCAAAUAUCCCCUCUCAGACCUCCCCGCCAUAACUAUGCCCCCUCGAAAUUGGCCACCGAAAGUAUAAGUGCUAGUCAUGUGGAAAUGAUGUCUCAGCCCACCAGCAGCAGUGAUCGUAUACGUAGCAUUAAAAAAUCUCUUCAAAGAACCUUCUCACGCAAAGACCAAGCUCCGAAAGAGAAGCGUCUGUCGGGUCAUUCCAAUGAUGGUUUUAUGUCGGAUGAAUAUGAUGUGGGCGGAACCACAGAGUUGGGCAAACGAAGAAAGUUGAAAAAGUUUAUGCUGGAAAAACCGCCGCUGGAGAAAAGUAUAUCGCUGCCGGAUAUAGGAGUGAAGACGAAGAAACGAGAACGUACUAAGGCCCUACGCACCUUGGGUCGCUCCGAAUCGGAACGAUCUUUCGAUGAAACUCGCGUAAGACGGGCACGAUUACACAGUCUGGGUUUGGCCUAUAUGAGUCCUCAAAAUAAAUCGCUGGCUCAAAGUUUCCGAUAUAUGCGCAAUAAGCCUACCAUAAUUGCCUUUAAAACUCCCAGUAUUGAAGAAAGUCAACCAGAAUAUAGUACGGAUCAAACGGACUCGGUGCAUACCUAUAAUGCUAUACAGGCCGAAGAAGGAAGAGUGCCAACAGGAGGUAUAUUUUUAACCUCUCUCAAAAAGGUAUGAGAUGAACUUAAUGAUUUUAACUGUUUUUCAGAUAAAUCUCAAAAUAAUGAAACUAAUGAUGACAAACCCGAAAUUGUGGUUUCCAAACCCUUGGAGAUAUUCAUUGAUGGACCCUAUGGAGCACCCUCUUCACAUAUAUUUAUGGCCCAACAUGCGGUGUUAAUUGGUACAGGCAUUGGUGUUACUCCCUUCGCUUCGAUUUUGCAAUCUAUUAUGCAUCGCUAUUGGAAGGCAAGACAUUCAUGUCCUCGUUGCCUAUACGAGUGGGCCAGUGAUAUACCCAAGACGGUGAUGAAUUUACGCAAAGUGGACUUCUUUUGGAUAAAUCGUGAUCAGAGAUCAUUUGAAUGGUUUGUCAAUCUGCUAUCGCAAUUGGAAAUUGAACAGGCCGAAUUGGGUGGUGCCAUGGAGAGAUUUUUGGAUAUGCAUAUGUAUAUAACCAGUGCCUUGCAGAGAACGGAUAUGAAGGCUGUGGGCCUACAACUGGCCUUAGAUUUGCUGCACGAAAAGGGUAAACGUGAUCUUAUCACAGGUUUGAAGACUCGCACUAAUGCUGGUCGUCCGAAUUGGGAUAAAGUAUUCAAACAGCUACAGGCCCAAAAGAAGGGUAAAGUCACGGUAUUCUAUUGUGGACCUCCGCAGUUGGCUAAGACUUUGCGAGUUAAAUGUGAUCAGUAUGGUUUUGCAUUCCGUAAAGAAUGUUUCUAAAAUAUGUAUUUUAAUAGGAUACUCGUUGUUGUAGUAAAAUAAUAAUAAAAAUAUAUAAGUAAAAAAUAUAUACUGUGAAUAAUAAAGAUUUGGCUAUAAAAAAAUAUUAUUCAAAAAUUGCGGUAAAGGGUAUAACAAAUCUUAUAAAAUAUAGUAAA